CAAGCAGGCGGAAAAACGAAAAGAUGAUCAGAUUAUCUUUUAGCAAAGGAAGAUCAAAACUACAAAUUGAGACUUGAUUCAGUAGUCAACGGCGUGAACUACUGUUUCAAAUUACACGCACAAAAGAAAGAGGAAGAAUGUCUCUUCAGCUUUAAUACGACUAUGACUAUGGCUAUGUCUUAGGGUUUCUUAUCUUCGACCAAAAAUCAUGGAUUGUACUAAUUCCGCCAUGGCCACAAACCUAAUUUCUCUUCAUCUUCUUCUUUUGCUCUUUACUUUUAAGUUUCAACUCUCUUUGUCUGAGGAUACUAGCACUAUGCAGUCGGUUCCUGAUCUCCAGAAGUCCAUGUAUAAAGUUAUUGAUGGAUAUCCUUGUGUGCGACUACUAAAUCUUUCUGGAGAGAUUGGUUGCGCUAAUCCUGGAAGGGACAAGGUUGUUGCUCCGGUUAUAAGAUUCAAGAAUGCCAGAGAGCUGGCUCAUUCAUCUGCUGUUUUGGUGUCAUUGGAUGAAAUUCAAGAACUUUUUGACAGAAUAUCAAAUGAUUCAAGUUUUGCCAAGAAUAUAGGCGGUGUUUUAGUUGAGCCUAGAACCAAAAAUCAAAGUCAAUCAACAGGAUUCUCUCCUGCUCAAAAGUUUCCAGAAGUUCAAUUUGCCCCUUAUAAAAGUGUCAACUACGAAUGGAACCCAAUUGGAUCUGGUAUUAUGUGGAAAGCUUAUAAUUUCCCUGUGUUCUUACUCUCAGAGGAGAGCAGUCAAUUCAUGCAGGAGGUUGCUUUGAAAAAUGCGAACCAAAAGAAUGCUUAUACUGCAUAUGUGGCUGAGUUUGAUUCAGUGAUGCAGACAACAAAGUCUGGGACUCAUGAUUCAGAAUCUUGUUUAAGAGAAGGGACUUGCCUUCCUUUAGGUGGAUACAGUGUUUGGUCAUCACUCCCACCAAUUAAUGUUUCAUCCUCAAAUCAAUCCAAGCCAAUUAUAUUAGCAGCAUCAUCUAUGGAUUCUGCGUCAUUUUUCCGUGACAAAAGCUUAGGGGCAGAAUCUCCUAUUUCUGGAUUGAUUUCCUUGCUGGCUGCAGUUGAUUCGCUUUCUCAUGUGGAUGGCUUGAGUGAUCUCAGCAAGCAGCUUGUCUUUUCAGUUUUCACUGGGGAGGCAUGGGGUUACCUCGGUAGCAGAAGAUUUUUGCUUGAACUUGAUUUACGGUCAGAUGCUGUUAGUGGCCUUAACGACAAACUAGUUGAGACGGUCAUAGAAAUUGGAUCUGUUGGAAAGGGCUUCAGCGGAGGGAAUAAUACCUUUUUCAUUCACAGAGCUGGGGUUUCUUCAGCUACAAAUGAAACAUUGAAAGCCUUCAAACAUGCACAAGAUUCUCUUGAAUCAAAAAAUGUGACAAUCGUAGAGGCAAGCACUUCUAACCCUGGGAUACCCCCAUCAUCUUUGAUGGCAUUUCUGAGAAAGAACUCAUCAACAAAUGGGAUUGUAUUGGAAGAUUUUGAUACUGCGUUUGCCAACAAGUUCUACCAUAGUCACCUUGAUGAUAUGUCAAAUGUAAACUCUUCAGCUAUAGUGGCAGCUGCAUCUCUUAUUGCACGAACCCUUUACAUCCUUGCAAGUGGCAACAACAAUUUAAGCAGCUCAGCCUUAAAUGCUAUCAACGUGAAUGCCUCUCUUGUUGAAGAACUGAUGAGUUGUUUAUUGGGCUGUAACCCGGGUUUGUCUUGUGAUCUGGUGAAGAACUAUAUGUCACCAACUUCUUCAUGCCCAAAUCAUUAUGUUGGUGUUAUCAUUGGGGAACCUUCUUCAACUCCGUACCUUGGAUAUGUUGACGACAUUUCCAGGUUCAUCUGGAAUUUUUUGGCUGAUAGAACUUCUACUCCAAAAGAGAAUACUAAAUCUGAUUGCUCAAAAGGUUGUAGUAACAAAGAUGAAGUCUGCAUUAGGGCAGAAACAAAUGGGAAGGGAGUUUGUGUUACUUCUACUACGAGGUAUGUGCCUGCAUAUUCAACCCGAUUGAAGUAUGAAUCUGGAAUGUGGACUGUUUUGCCAGCAAAUUCCUCUGAUCCUAUGGGGAUGGUGGAUCCUGUGUGGACAGAGAGCAACUGGGAUGUAAUUGGCCUACGAGCAUAUACGAUUCAGAAUGCGUCUUAUGAUCGGCUUGUUUUGCUGGGAGGUAUUGCUGUCACAAUCUUGGCUUACGUUGUUAUAGUAAUUACAAGAGCCUUUAUAACCAAAGUAUUGAAACAAGAUUGAAAUUCUUUAACUUUGGUUGCAUUUUGCAUACACCGCAUAGAAAAUGAUAGGAGUAGGGUUAAAUAUGGUGGUUAUAUUUCCUGGAUUAUAUCAAUUGCUAUGAUUUUGAAGUACUCGGUAGGAUACUGCGUUACUUAAUAUGCAUCUUUGUGCAUUUCAGAGUACCGGGAACUAAUGUCUGAUUGAAGUACAUGUUUUCAAAUGGUAAUGUCAUUAACGUCAUUUUAGAGUAUCAAUUUCCUUGACAAUUUUUUUUUUUGGUCAAACUGGACAUGACAGAUUUAUCAUUUGGAUUGUUCUUUGCUCUCUUGUUAUGAAAGACUGUUGUAUGCUGAUUGUGCAA